GAGUACAAGGAGAACUUGGACCGCAUCAAGCACCCGCAGCAACAGGCGCCGGCCGACCCACAGCCUGUUGUGCUCUCCAAGGAGGCAGCGCCUGCGCCUGAAGCCCGCCCCCAGCCUCGCCCCUCAGCGGCCGGUGCACGCAGCGCCCAGUCGGCUACGGAGCUUGUGGCCUGGAGGGGUCGGAUGGCCCUCAUGGUGGAGUCGCUGCCUGUGCAGGAGCAGGCUGAGUGGAACACUCUCCUGGACGGCGAGAUGAAGGCUGCCUUCAAGCGGUUGGGGGCAGACAGCAGUGAGGUCCAGCUCGUGGCCCAGGCCGAGAAGGCUCCCGCGUCCCAGAAGUCCUCAAACUUCAGCCGCACGCUGCUGGCCUUCGUGGUUAGCUUUAGCAUGCCUGUCGCCGGCAUGUACGUGUACCGUGCCAUCAAGCAGGUGCCGGGGACCGACCUCGAUGCACGAUUCCUGGCUGAUG